AUGGGAAACCUCGGCGAUUUGAGCCCCGAGGGAAGCGUAGCUAUAGGCAUUAUCGUCGGCCUUCUUUCUACGAGCAUCCAAAGCGUGGGUCUGACUCUACAGCGAAAAUCCCACAUCCUAGAAGAGGAGAAAGAAUCGCAUCAUGCGCGACGACCACCCUACAGAAGACGGCGCUGGCAGCUGGGCAUGGGCAUGUUCCUCAUAUCGAACUUGGUUGGGAGUACGAUUCAGAUAACCACGCUGCCGUUACCAGUGCUGUCGACGUUACAGGCGUCCGGUCUGGUCUUCAACUCGAUAUGCUCCACCUUGAUCCUGGGGGAGCCCUUCACGCGCUGGUCUUUGGGAGGAACAUUACUGGUUGCAGGCGGAGCUAUUCUAAUAGCUAUCUUUGGGGCGAUACCAGAGCCGGCGCAUAGUCUGGAUCAGUUAUUGCUAUUACUGGGGCGGAGACCGUUUGUUGUUUGGAUGAUACUACAAGCUCUCUUGGUUAUUGCGAUUAUAGGGGUGGCAGCAUUUCUAGGAAGACUUCCCAGGGUAUCAUCGAGUCCUCGCAUACGACUUCUAAGAGGACUGGCAUACGGCUGCAUAAGCGGGAUACUAUCAGCCCAUUCAUUACUAGUAGCGAAAUCCGCAGUCGAACUGCUCGUACGAACAAUCGUGGACAGAAUCAACCAGUUCAACAGGUGGCAAUCGUGGGUCAUCCUACUCGCCUUCGUUGUCCUCGCCCUCACCCAACUGUACUACCUCCACCGAGGCCUCAAGCUCGUCUCAACCAGCGUCCUCUACCCCCUCGUCUUUUGCAUCUACAACAUAAUAGCCAUCCUCGACGGGCUAAUCUACUUCAAACAAACCGACCGUCUGACCGUUCUACAUGCCUGCCUCAUAGCGCUCGGAACUGCCAUCCUUCUCUCUGGCGUCCUGGCUCUCUCCUGGCGCCUCUCAGACGAGCAAACACAGCCAACGGUUACACAAAGCGCUUUAGCCCCUGGCCUGGGCUUCGUAGAAGAUACAGAUAACGACGAGUCCAGCGACUCAAUUAUAGCAGAUGAAGAAGCAGCAGCAUCACACCAAGCCCUCCUAGAUGGCGGUCCCAUGACACCCACCACCAAACUCGACAACGUGCUAGGCGCAACACAGCCUAUACGGAAGAACGUGCGUCUCACGGAAGCGGAUGAGAUAUGGGGCGAGCUGCAGGAUGACGAUACGAAAGCUACGUCGUCAUCACCGCAUGCUCGGCCGCUGGAGGAUGAGGAGCCCGAUGAGAGCACGGCCCUACUGAGGUCUAAUACGACCAACAGGAAACGCCGGAGACGCUCAACGGGGUUCCCAGGAUUUAUACCACGUCCCUCGCCCCGACAGUCUAGGAAAAGGUCACAGGGCUGGAAAAUGCGCUGGUGGAAGCAGGGCAAGAAAGAUCCUCCUGAUCCCGGAUCUGAUGCCGGGGAAGGACCCUCUAGUAAUGCCGUGUAG